UUUCCCAUGAGUCAGCUGAACAACAGACGAUACCACUAGCGACCAAUAGUUAGUUACAAAUUUAAUGUCAACAUUAGCGUUUUGUGAAAUGUACCAUAUUAUAUGCUUAACUAGUGAAAAUUGCAACUAAAAUACGACUUUUAUUUAAAUAUAUAUAUUUUUUCUUUAAAUUAGUUAUGAAAUUCAACCCGUGUUGCGUACUAUUUGCACCCCCUUUGACAGAAUUGAGAGUGGAUUAAUCCAAAAUAUGGCGGCGGUAUCUGUCAGCAAGAAGUGAAACUUUCGCUGAAGCGAGUGAAUUAUUUCCUAUAAAAUUCAGCGUUUCCUGGAUGUUGUCGUCGAUCCGACGUUUGUGUCGUUUUACUAGAAACGGGACUUUCGUGUACUUUUCGCGUGGUCGUCUUUCCUACGAGUUGAUAUCCUUCUACAUUUGCUCCAUUGGCUGCUAGCUGACUAGCUGACUGAAAGGCUCUGCUCGAUACAAAAAAAACAAAAAAACAGGAAAGUGCCGUUCAGGCAGACAUAAACAUCAGGGGAUAACAACCGGCUUUGGUACAUAUGGUACAUAUUCCUGCCUGAUUUGAUCCGACGGCCAAAUGCGCCUGAAACAUUUACACACAACGUAUGUUUAUUAGUUUUAUUUACAUCUCAAGGGCAGCGCUUCCGUUUUUAUUUUACGUCACAAGAUUCCGAUUCAAGACGGAUGUUUGUCGAUGUGCUCACUAAACCAACGAAUUUGAUUUGCUAGCACCUUCUGUACUGGCAAAUCAAUGGAGAAGCUUCAGGAUCUCGGACAAUCCGAGUUACAGGAUCUGCUGGAUAACUCGGAGCGGGUUGAGUCGAUGGCACUGGAGUCUGAUGAGAUCCAGAACAUUCAACUGGAAAGGGAAAUGGCUCUGGCUUCCAACCGCAGCCUGGCUGAACAGAACCUUGACAUGAAACCGCAACUGGACAGAGAUAGAGAACGGCUGGUAGCAAAAUAUAAUGCAUUGGAUGAAGUGAGAAAGAGAUACAAACAGCACUGCGCACUCAGAGAUGAGAUUAUGGGUCAGGUGUCCCCAGAGGGGUUGUUGUCUCGUCUACAGGUAGAGGGCGCCAACACAGAGGCAGAGUCAGAGGUUCUAGCUGAUGAGUUUCUAGAGGGUUCCUUGUCACUAGACUCCUUCCUUGAGCGCUUCCACUCUCUCCGCUGCCUUGCUCACAGAAGACGUGUGUACGUUGAGAAGCUGCAAGAGAUUCUGCGGCAGAAAAACCAAGUAGCCGGGGAGUCUGGUGUGACAUCAGAGCCGUGCUCCAAUCCGGAGGCCGGCUUGGUGGCACCGUGGCAACAGCAGCAACCCCAGCAACAGCCACAGCAGAAACCCAGUGUGAGCGCCAACCCGCCCAACUGUGCUCUGCCGUACGCUCCAUAUCCUGUUUCUUCUCCUAGCCAGCCCUGUUCGGCCCCUACGGCUGCCCCCUCCAACCCCUCUGGUGCUUUUCAGCCCUACUCAAACCAGGCCACAGCUUUUACUCCAUCCUCAGGCUACCCCGCUGCCCGGCCUGUCUUUGCCCAAUCUACAUGCCCGUAUCCCACCCAACCUGCAUUUCCAGCUCCUCCUUUUGGGCAAUUUGGCCCUAGUAAUGCACCCUACCCCAGCCAAUACCCUUAUGGAGGUUAUAGUUACCCCAUGGGCUCCCAUGUUCCUCCUACUCAGUCCCCUACAGCUAGGCCACUUUAUAGGCCAGGGUUUGGUGUAUCUCAGCCGUACUCCUGAACCACAGUGUGUCACCCCUCACCAUUCCUCUUUCUCUUUUUCUUCUUCUCUCUGUGUCUCUUAAUCCCCCCUCUCUGUUCUGUCUCUUUCCUUCCUUCUUACCGUACCUUUUGCCUCCAACUGACACUGAGAUUUGUGGUUUGCAUACCCCCCAAAUGUUCUCUUCCUGUUUGAGGCUUGCACAAAAUGUUUGACAUUGGGUUACAAUAUGUUUUUGCCCCACUUGACGCCUCUGUGAAAAACUUGCUCCAAAAACCCGUCAGAGACAAAAUGGACGUGAGUCAACUUUGGAAUGGGUUCGAUUUCUGGCUGUUCUAGCAUGUUUCCGGAUCUGAGAUAUCAAAAUAUUGAGUGUGUUGAUUGAAUUUGCCAAUAUGUUUUAAUUUAAUUCAAUGGAAUUGUGUUGCUGUUUGGCCACAUAUGGCUAUGAUUCAUAAUUCAAAAGCAUAUCUUUUUAUUGAACUAGUAAUGAGAAACAUCAAACUACUCAACCAUAAGAAUAAUUAAUCACCUGGCUGAUUUAUGGUUUGUGUAGCCGCUUAUUUUAUUUUUUUUCCCAGAAAGUAACACCACUACCAUUCACCGAAGACACAAUCUACUUUACAAACUGUCUACAUGUUUAACCCCACAUUUUCAGGCACUUUUAUUUGGGUGGAUUGUUUCAAUCCUGAAUCAUAUUUUCUGCACCGUGUUACAAGGGUUCUGUGUUCAAUGCAACAGUGCAUCUGUUCUUUCACUCCCCUAUAUGUGUCUUACUUUUUUGGUCCCUCACUUUUCUUAACCCUUUCUUUUUUUUCUUUUUGUUCACACAUCACUUUUAUGUUUCAUGUACAGCUUGUUGACAGAGAACACUGAGAAUCACCUGAUGGGACUGUUGAAAUACUCUACUGAGGACUGUGUGCUUUGUAUAAACGGAUAAUAAUAAUAAUGGUAAAUAAAGAAAUAAAAAAACUAGGGGAAUAUAAUAUAAACAUAUCUUUAUCGGCUAUAGCUCAGUAUAUGGUGUGGCAUUUAAGGCAGAGGGAACAAUAACACAGUGAGCAAUGAGAAGAAGUUUGGCUGCAUAACAUCCUUUGGAGUUUACAUACAGCAUUCGGGAACUAGUUUGACACUGUUUUAAAAUGUGGAUUUAUGCCUUUUAAGCCCAUAUUUGUCAGUUAAAGUGGUUUCUAAGGGCUUAAUAAAUUCAGUCAUAAAUGUUAAUUACUGGAAAAGGUCUGAUUUAUUUGAUGUAUGUAAAUGAAGGCUGUAUGUAUUCAUGAAGGUUUAUGUAGUUCCCUACAGUAACCCCACCGUUCGGAGUGUGUAUCUUCUAUGUGUUGACUGGUAGAAUGACCAUUUUGAAUCACAUUUGCACUCCACAAUAGCUUCUGUCCCUAUAGUGAAAGGGCCUGAGGGUGAGCCUGCGAACCGUCAGCUUUGGAAUAGAUGCUCGGGGGUAAACUUUUGGGUUUUAUUUUAUUGAUCAUUAUUUUUAACUUGUAAGCAAUCAAAAAAACCUAGAGGCAUCCCCAAUCAAACCUCGGGAGGCUUUAUUGAAAUAAUUAACUCAGUAAUUAAGACUCAGGUUCGGAGCAAAACCCUGUCAUCUAUGGCCCGUCCUCAGGACCUGAAAUGAGGGCGAAAGCUGGCAUGAAGUAAAGGAAGGGAAAUGGGGUGUUUAUUUAGUCGCACACUGUGAUGUGCAGCAUUAGAGGAAAGGCAUUAUGUGGGAUUGAUGGUAAUGACUGUAGCCUGUUAAGUGUAUUUUUAUUUCCUUUGGUGUGGAUAUUAAACACUGAAGUUGAUCUAUGAAA